GCGCGUGUGUGUGUGUGAUUAGCCAGUACGCAGCACUUCCCCAGGGUUGUGUUUCCUUUUUCCUGAGAUUUGGCGAAGGGUAAAGGGUCGGAGUCACAUGGAUACAAAGCUUUUGAUUAAUGUCCAAGUCACUGCUGUGGCUGCCGAAGCCGCUUCCCCUCCAGCCCCGGCCGUGUGAGGCCAGAGCAGCGGGGCCGGGCGCGCAGGGCCUGGCCGGAGCCCCCACUCCCAGGAGUUUCCUCUGCAGAGCCCCGCGCCCCACGCGCCGGGAUUUCAGCCCGAUCCCCUCCUCUCCCGCGCCCAGCCUCUCCCCAGCAUGUAAAGUCUUCUGUCUCUCCUCGGAGUUGGCGGAGGCGGCAACUUUCCAUUCUCGCCGCCGGGGGCCGGGCAGCAGCGGGCGCGCGGGUCAGCGCUCAGCACGGCGGGCAGCGCCGCGCACCGCCGCCGACCAUGAGCGAGGACAGCCGCGGAGACAGCCGCGCCGAGAGCGCCAAGGACCUGGAGAAGCAGCUUCGCCUGCGCGUGUGCGUGCUCAGCGAGCUCCAGAAGACCGAGCGGGACUAUGUGGGCACGCUGGAGUUCCUGGUGUCGGCAUUCUUACACCGAAUGAACCAGUGUGCAGCAUCAAAAGUUGACAAAAAUGUGACAGAAGAAACAGUGAAGAUGUUGUUCUCAAACAUUGAAGACAUCCUUGCAGUACAUAAAGAAUUCUUAAAAGUCGUGGAAGAAUGCUUACACCCUGAACCUAAUGCUCAACAAGAAGUGGGAACCUGCUUUCUUCACUUUAAAGACAAGUUUCGUAUCUAUGAUGAGUAUUGUAGUAACCAUGAGAAGGCACAAAAAUUACUUCUUGAACUCAACAAAAUAAGAACAAUCCGGACGUUUCUUUUGAACUGCAUGCUGCUUGGAGGACGGAAGAACACAGAUGUUCCCUUGGAAGGAUAUUUAGUAACACCAAUACAAAGAAUAUGCAAGUACCCUCUUAUUUUGAAGGAGUUGCUGAAGCGGACUCCACGGAAACACAGUGACUAUGCAGCAGUGAUGGAAGCCCUCCAAGCCAUGAAAGCUGUCUGUUCCAACAUAAACGAGGCCAAGAGACAGAUGGAGAAGUUAGAAGUUUUAGAGGAAUGGCAGUCUCACAUUGAAGGCUGGGAGGGGUCCAACAUCACUGACACCUGCACUGAAAUGCUAAUGUGUGGAGUCUUACUGAAAAUUUCUUCUGGAAAUAUUCAAGAACGGGUGUUUUUUCUUUUCGAUAAUCUUUUGGUGUACUGCAAAAGAAAACACAGACGGUUGAAGAACAGCAAGGCAUCUACAGAUGGACAUCGGUACCUUUUUCGUGGCCGGAUCAACACGGAGGUGAUGGAAGUGGAGAAUGUGGAUGAUGGCACUGCUGAUUUCCAUAGCAGUGGACACAUUGUUGUUAAUGGAUGGAAGAUACAUAACACAGCAAAAAAUAAAUGGUUUGUUUGUAUGGCAAAAACACCUGAAGAGAAGCAUGAAUGGUUUGAAGCUAUUUUGAAAGAAAGAGAACGGCGGAAAGGUUUAAAAUUAGGAAUGGAGCAAGAUACCUGGGUCAUGAUCUCUGAACAGGGUGAGAAACUUUAUAAAAUGAUGUGCAGACAAGGAAAUCUGAUCAAAGACAGAAAAAGAAAACUGACUACGUUCCCUAAAUGCUUUCUUGGAAGCGAAUUUGUGUCAUGGCUGUUGGAAAUUGGAGAGAUUCACAGGCCUGAGGAAGGCGUGCACUUGGGACAAGCAUUAUUAGAAAAUGGAAUCAUUCACCAUGUUACUGAUAAACAUCAGUUCAAACCAGAACAGAUGUUAUAUAGAUUUCGCUAUGAUGAUGGAACAUUUUAUCCAAGAAAUGAGAUGCAGGACGUGAUUUCAAAGGGUGUAAGAUUAUAUUGUCGUCUUCAUAGCCUUUUUACUCCAGUGAUAAGAGAUAAAGAUUACCAUUUAAGGACCUACAAAUCUGUGGUCAUGGCCAACAAACUGAUAGACUGGUUAAUUGCACAGGGAGAUUGCCGCACCAGAGAAGAGGCAAUGAUAUUUGGCGUUGGACUCUGUGACAAUGGAUUUAUGCACCAUGUCCUUGAAAAAAGCGAAUUCAAAGAUGAACCCCUACUUUUCCGUUUUUUUUCGGAUGAGGAAAUGGAAGGAUCAAAUAUGAAACAUCGACUUAUGAAACAUGACUUAAAAGUUGUGGAAAAUGUUAUAGCUAAGUCAUUAUUGAUUAAAUCCAAUGAAGGCAGCUAUGGCUUUGGGCUAGAAGACAAAAAUAAAGUUCCAAUAAUAAAGUUGGUAGAAAAGGGAUCUAAUGCUGAGAUGGCUGGCAUGGAAGUCGGGAAAAAGAUUUUUGCUAUUAAUGGUGACCUAGUUUUUAUGAGACCUUUCAAUGAAGUGGAUUGCUUCCUGAAAUCGUGUUUAAACAGCAGAAAACCUCUAAGAGUUCUUGUGAGCACAAAGCCAAGAGAGACAGUGAAAAUUCCAGAUUCAGCUGAUGGACUUGGCUUCCAGAUCCGAGGAUUUGGCCCUUCUGUUGUGCAUGCUGUAGGAAGAGGAACUGUGGCUGCAGCAGCUGGCCUUCACCCUGGACAGUGUAUUAUCAAGGUGAAUGGAAUCAAUGUCAGCAAAGAGACACAUGCCAGUGUCAUUGCACACGUUACAGCCUGCAGGAAGUACAGGCGGCCAAUGAAGCAAGAUUCCAUACAAUGGGUUUAUAAUAGCAUUGAGAGUGCUCAAGAAGACCUUCAAAAAUCUCACUCCAAGCCCCCUGGAGAUGAAGCAGGGGAUGCUUUUGACUGUAAAGUAGAAGAGGUUAUUGACAAAUUCAACACUAUGGCCAUCAUUGAUGGGAAGAAGGAGCAUGUGAGUCUGACAGUGGACAAUGUCCACCUGGAAUAUGGUGUCGUGUAUGAGUACGACAGCACAGCUGGCAUCAAGUGCAAUGUGGUGGAAAAGAUGAUUGAGCCCAAAGGUUUCUUCAGCUUAACUGCCAAGAUUCUUGAAGCCCUGGCUAAAAGUGAUGAGCAUUUUGUACAAAACUGUACCAGCCUAAAUUCUCUAAAUGAAGUGAUUCCUACUGACCUUCAGAGUAAAUUCAGUGCCCUUUGCAGUGAAAGAAUUGAACACAUAUGUCAGAGAAUAUCCAGUUAUAAAAAGUUUUCUCGUGUGCUGAAGAAUAGAGCCUGGCCUACUUUUAAACAGGCCAAAUCUAAAAUCUCCCCACUGCACAGCAGUGAUUUCUGCCCUACCAACUGCCAUGUCAACGUGAUGGAAGUUUCUUAUCCCAAAACAUCAACCUCUUUGGGAAGUGCAUUUGGUGUUCAGUUGGAUAGUAGGAAGCAUAAUUCUCAUGAUAAAGAAAACAAAUCUUUGGAGCAAGGGAAACUGAGCCCUAUGGUGUACAUUCAGCAUACCAUCACAACCAUGGCGGCCCCUUCAGGUCUGUCUCUGGGACAGCAGGAUGGCCAUGGUCUCAGGUAUCUGCUAAAAGAAGAAGACUUAGAAACCCAAGACAUCUAUCAGAAACUGCUGGGCAAACUUCAGACUGCACUGAAAGAGGUGGAGAUGUGUGUUUGUCAAAUAGAUGACCUUCUGUCUUCAAUAACAUAUUCUCCUAAAUUAGAACGUAAGACAUCAGAGGGCAUAAUACCAACAGACAGUGACAAUGAGAAGGGAGAAAGAAACAGCAAACGGGUAUGUUUUAAUGUAGCAGGAGAUGAACAGGAAGAUUCUGGUCAUGAUACCAUCAGCAACAGAGACUCUUACAGUGACUGCAACAGCAAUAGGAAUUCCAUCGCCUCCUUCACCAGCAUCUGCAGCAGCCAGUGCAGCUCGUAUUUCCACAGUGAUGAAAUGGACUCAGGUGAUGAACUUCCCCUAAGUGUUCGCAUAUCUCAUGAUAAACAGGACAAGAUACAUAGUUGCCUUGAGCAUCUUUUCAGCCAGGUGGAUUCAAUUACCAAUCUCCUAAAAGGGCAGGCUGUUGUGAGGGCCUUUGACCAAACCAAGUAUCUCACUCCAGGCCGAGGAUUGCAAGAAUUUCAACAGGAAAUGGAACCAAAGCUGAGUUGUCCAAAAAGGCUACGGCUUCAUAUCAAGCAAGAUCCUUGGAAUCUUCCCAGCAGCGUCCGGACUCUUGCUCAGAACAUCAGGAAAUUUGUUGAAGAGGUAAAGUGUAGGAUACUCCUGGCUCUUCUUGAAUAUUCAGAUAGUGAGACACAGCUCCGUAGAGACAUGGUUUUCUGCCAGACUCUUGUGGCCACUGUCUGUGCCUUCUCUGAGCAGCUCAUGGCGGCCUUGAACCAGAUGUUUGACAACAGCAAGGAAAAUGAGAUGGAAACUUGGGAAGCCAGCAGGAGGUGGCUGGACCAGAUAGCAAAUGCAGGUGUUCUUUUUCACUUUCAGUCACUUCUGUCACCAAACUUGACAGAUGAACAAGCCAUGUUAGAAGAUACACUGGUUGCACUAUUUGAUUUGGAAAAGGUUUCCUUUUACUUUAAACCAUCAGAAGAGGAACCCCUGGUUGCAAAUGUUCCUCUUACAUAUCAAGCAGAAGGAAGUCGGCAAGCUCUGAAAGUUUACUUCUACAUUGAUAGUUAUCAUUUUGAACAACUUCCUCAACGGUUGAAAAAUGGAGGAGGGUUUAAAAUUCAUCCUGUUCUUUUUGCACAAGCACUGGAGAGCAUGGAAGGAUAUUAUUACAGAGACAAUGUUUCUGUGGAAGAAUUUCAAGCUCAGAUAAAUGCAGCCUCACUGGAAAAGGUCAAACAGUACAACCAGAAGCUCAGGGCAUUCUACUUGGACAAGUCAAAUUCACCACCAAACUCCACAUCCAAAGCUGCCUAUGUAGAUAAGCUAAUGAGGCCUCUCAAUGCUUUGGAUGAACUUUACCGACUGGUAGCCUCGUUUAUCAGAUCCAAGCGCACAGCUGCCUGUGCAAACACAGCUUGCAGUGCCUCUGGGGUUGGACUGCUGUCAGUUUCCUCGGAACUGUGCAACAGGCUAGGCGCCUGCCACAUCAUCAUGUGCAGCAGCGGUGUGCAUCGGUGCACCCUGAGCGUGACGCUGGAGCAAGCCAUCAUUCUGGCCAGAAGCCACGGACUGCCACCUCGUUACAUCAUGCAGGCUACAGAUGUGAUGCGGAAGCAGGGAGCAAGAGUUCAGAACACAGCGAAGAAUUUGGGAGUCAGAGACCGGACCCCACAGUCUGCACCAAGAGCAGUUACCAGAGUGGGAAUGAUGGCUGCAGCAUUUAUGAAGUAAUAUUUCAUUCUGAAAAACCAUGCGGGUAGUGAAAGUGCUUUCAAAGGGAAAACAUACCUUCCCCCUGAAAAUGGAUGGAGCACUCCUGUUCUAAUUGCACUUAUUUUUAGUGCUGACUCCUAAUUCUAUUUAAUCCUCAAGUUUUGUUAAUGUUGUCUUUCACAGUUGAUUAGGUUAGAAUCUAAGGCUUUCUAUUGCUAGAGGAUUAUUUUUACAUAUGCAUUCUCCAUCCAGCACCUUGGGAGGCAUGGUAUAUUUGGAUAAUAGACCCAGUGAAGUGUUAAAAUUCCAAUAAGAAAACAAGAUCAUGGCUCAGCAAGGUGUUCUUAGCUAGACCUGUAAACACUAAUAAACAGUGGGGUGGGGAUCAGACUUCAGCACGCUGAUCAAUAAACCAAUAUGCAAGCUGAACACAAGAAAAGAAACCAGUGAACUAGCUUUUUUUUUUUUUCUUUAUUGGGUUAUGUUAAAAACACUUGAAACGAAACGCAAUAAAAUGAGCCAGCCAUAAAGUUGACAUUAUCUACAAGGGAGUGAUAGGCCUGAGAGAGAAAGCAAGAGUAAUUUUUAAAAUUUAUUUUAUUUAUUCUUUCAUUCAUUCUGCAAAUAUUUAUUGAGGACCUCAGAAAUGCAAAGCACUCUACUAUGCCCUAAGGAGAGUAUAAACCUGAAUUAGAAAUAGCCCUGGCCCUCACAGAGUUUUCAGUUAAAAAGAUGAGGUGAAGAAGGCAUAAUUACAAGGAAAGGUAGAAAACAGAAAUCACCCUGUGGAGGGUGCAGAGAGAAUGCCAAGGAGCACAGAGGGGCUGGGAUCUCUCCCAACUGAGAACCUGGACUCCAGCCCCAAAGAGUGAGUUGAAGAACACAUUUGGCAGUCAAGGUAAGGCCAUCCAUGGGCAAAGCUGGGAUAAUAUUUCUGGAAACAUCUUCAUGGAGCUGAAGUUUGCUAUCUCUGUCUGAGAUACUAUUUGAUUCAAAUCCUCAACCCAUCCCUAUCAGAGUUUUCCUCUUACCAUCCACUUGAUGUUUUAAAAAAUUUACUCAGAGCAUAUAUAUUGAAUUUCUGCUAUGUGUCUAUAGGUGCCAGGCCCCUUGCUAAAAGCUAGAGGACUAAAGACAUAGUGUUCUCCACCAGUUGUUGAAAUGUAGUAGAGUAACAAUGGAAUAGAAUGAAAAUAGUACCCAGUGGGUGGUGGAAAUAGGCAUAGAUUAUCAUGAGAACACAGAGAAGGGACAUAAUGCAGCCUAAGGACAGAGAGAAGAGGUCACAGAAUACUCCUGGGCCUGUCAGCAUUGUAAUGCAUGUCCCAUACGGGGGAUGCAAUAGUACCAAGGACCACAGAAGAAAUGAUGUUUUGAGAACUAUGCCUAGACCUCAAUGACUGGUGGUUGAAUGUGAUUCAAGUAUGAUGUGAAGUGAGGCUGGAGAUAUAGGCCAGGGCCAGAUCAGAGAGACUUGUAGGAGUACAGAAGAGUUCUGAUUUUAACUUGAAGACAAUAGGGAGGCAUGCAUAAGCAAUCUUCUUAUCUGGAUGAUUUGAAUUUUAGAGUUUAUCUCUGGCAACGUCAGGAGGGCCCAUUUGAGGACAGCUAAGACUGAAGCAGGAGCUUAAAAAAAAUUAUUAGUAUUGAGGCCAAGAUGAGAGGAUGGGUUAGAGAGAUGUUUAGAAGACAGAAUCAAUAGUCUUUGGACACUAAUUGGGUAAAAGAGUUUAGGGAAAAGGAAGAUUCUAGGACGACCACCAAAUCUUUGGCUUGGAUAAUGAGGUGCUGGUGGUUUUUUCCUCUGGGACAGUGGGUGCAGAAGGGAAGCACACGCACAGGGAGGAGAUGGGGAGCUCAGCUUGGUAGUACUGAGAUUGAGCAUCAGUCAUCAUCCCUGGAGAAGACAUUGUGGACAGUGGAAUAUACUGGUCGAAAGCCAAGGAGAAAAGAAUAGUGGCGCUAUAGUCCUAUGAGUCUUUGAUAUUUAGGAGGUAGGUGAAGACACAGAAAUCAAUUUCGUUAUGACAAUCUAUGGGUAAGAGAGAUGAGAGAAGGUCAGGACACCCUCAGGGGAUGUCAGCACUGAAGACAAAGCAGAGGAAGCGGGGCUACAGAAUCUAAAGUGAGUCAUGGACUGGAGAUGGUUGUUCUGGAAUUCAAAAAGGAGCAAUCAGCCAUAGUCACACUACUAGGAGAGUGAGUAUAAUAAUUUAGGAAAUCAGAAAGCUAGAAAGCAGAGUAUCAGAGUUUAAUAAUUCUGAGGUAGGUAAAGCCUGCUCUGGGGAGGGAUGUUUCUUGGACACCCUUGGCUCCAAUGCAUUUUGCAUCCUCCCCUUUAGCAAUCUGUGUCUAAAAGAUGUGUCCAGAACUGCUUUUGGCAUUGGGGUAUUAAGAUGGAUGAGAAACACUUCAUGCACUCAAAGAGUUUGCAGCCUAGUAGAAUACAAACACAAAAUAAAUUUAGAGAAUCAAGUGAAUGGGUAUUGUGAUAGGAUAGAAUGGGUAUGUGAGGAGGGAGUACAAAGGACCUUCCCCCUCCCAGCUUCAUACAUUGGCUCUUCAGGGCAAUAAGCCCCUCUUCCUCAGGAACCAAAUAUUAUAUUCCAGAUGGCGGAUUGCACAUCCAGCACACUGGCUUUAUUCACAAAAUAAAGUUUUUGUUAUGUCACAAAAUCUGGAACUCUUGUGCUACGAAAACCUGAUUUUCUUUACUUGGUUAAUCAGGAGGGGGCAUUCUAUAGUGGUUAAAAGUGAAAAAAAUUGGCCGAGCAUGGUGGCUCAUAUGUGUAAUCCCUGCACUUUGGGAGGCUGAGGUGAGAGAAUUGCUUGAUACUGGGAGUUCAAGACCAGCCUGGGCAACAAAGCAAGACCCUGUCUUUACAUAAAAUAAAAAAUAAAAAAUGGCCGGGUGCAGUGGCUCACGCCUGCAAUCCCAGCACUUUGGGAGGCCGAGGCAGGCGGAUCAUGAGGUCAGGAGAUCAAGACCAUCCUGGCUAACGUGGUGAAACCCCAUCUCUACUAAAAAUAUAAAAAAAAUUAGCUGGGCAUGGUGUCAUGCGCCUGUAGUCCCAGCUACUCGGGAGGCUGAGACAGGAGAAUCUCCUGAACCCAGGAGGUGGAGGUUGCAGUGAGCCGAGAUUGCGCCACUGCACUCCAGCCUGGACGACAGAGCAAGACUCCAUCUCUAAAUAAAUAAAUAAAUAAAUAAACAAGCCAGGCUGUCUGCCUGUGGUCCCACCUACUCAGGAGACUGAGAUGGAAGGAUAGCUUGAGCCUAGGAGGUUGAGGCUGCAGUGAGCUAUGGUCUUACCUCUGCACUCCAGCCUGGGAGACAGAGUGAGACCUUGUCUCUUAAAAAAAAGAAAAAAAAAAAAAGAAAGAAAAAAUGAAAAAAAUGGCUAUGCGACCUUAUUUAGUCAGGAGUUUUUUUCUCUCUGAGACUCAGUUUUCUCAUUUGUGAGAUGGGGAGAAUUGCCCUGGGACAGAGUAUGAUUGAUGCUUUAACCUUGAAAGAGGCGUUUACUUUGUGGUCUCCUUUCACAUAGCUUUUAUUUUUGCUAUGUAGAAAGUUGAAAGGCACCAUCUAUAGCAUGAAGUUGGAAAGUUCUGCUCUUGGCAGAUUUGCAUUUGGGCUACCUGAGGUUAAACAAGAACAGCAGAAAGAAGGCCAAAACCAAACCUUUUUCGUGCAGGGCCACUGAUGUGAGUGGAAUGAGAAUACAAAAGUGCCCCAAAUGAUGGGCAGACCAAGGCCUCACACUGCCCAACAAUUUAUCUGCCAAAAAAUAAAUGCUUCAGUGCAGGAUGAGAGUCCAACUCUUACCUAUUACAUUUCACUUAGAAACUUCAUCUGCCUGUUCUAAAUUCCCAAAGCUCUGCAAUUUCCAUUACAAAUGUGUCUGAACUCAAAUAACCCUGAGUCACUUCCAAGAAGCCUCACAGAAGCUGAAUCUGCCCAGUUCCACCAUACCCAGAGCUAUUAUGUCAUUAGGUGAUCACAGGGAGUAGCCUUUUCUUCAAUUUGCAAGGCAGACAUUUCAAAGACUCGUCUACCCAGUGCUAUUAGUUACAUUACGUGGAAACAUGCUGAGCAAGGUAAUGGAAUGUGAUGGCUCAGCCCAGAUCUCAUGGGGUAGGACAUUCGCCACCCAUCUUCCCAUUCCUGUCCUACGUGACUAAGCCCAUUGUGCCUUUUCAAUCAUUAGGCAGCACUGUCAGGGAAAUAAGAGGAAGGAAAUUAAGAAGAAAAAGAACCUUCUUAUCCUUUCAUUAUCCCAGCCCUGGCAACGCAAUUUGAAGUCACACCAUAUUCUUCAGCUGCAAAAGAAUCUUUGAAGUACAUCGGGUCAAUUGAAUGUAUUCUUUUCUCUGGGAAGGAUGAAAUAAGCUUUUUCUGAUGUGAGAUGUCUUUAUUUCAGUAUUCACCUCUUGCAUGGAGAUAACAUGUAGCGCAUAAACCACCUUCCGGACUUGAAAUACAUUUUGCAGACCUCCAAAGUCAAUAGCUUCUUCUACAUGUUCUCACACUAGGAAAGCUCAUUUUGUUAACCAGGAGUUAUAACUCAAUAUUAAGUCUUGCUCAUUCUUCUCCUUUGAUCUAUAAUUAGCAUGGGAUUAAAUGUCAAAGGGAGAGGAAAUUUAUAAUUUGCUAAACUGGUCAACAACAUUGAAGCUGUUUUCAAUUUAGUCGGUAAAAGGGAUUGAAUCACCACAGCUAGUCCUGGGUUGUAGUGCUUUUAUGAAAAGAUGCCAAGUGGAAAUCUGCACCUUAUAUUUUGACAUCAUUAGUCCAAGCUCUGCAGUGGGACCAGUGUGGCCAUGGGUGCUGUUUAGAGAACAGGCAUAGUCCAAUCCAGCAUUUUAGUUCAGCCAAUCAAUCCCUCAGGAUAUGCUGUAAGUAAUGUGCAUGGCCUUGGAUCACUAGGGCUAUCAGGCAGCUAUUAUGUUCCCUUUUACUUUGGUUCUGCUGUUAUCAUUUAACCACUCAGGAGAACGUGGAGCACCAGAACUUGUGUGACCCUAGUUAAACCCCCUGAGUUUUCCUUGAAUGCUGCAUAGUCUUGAACAACUAGACCUGGGCUGCAAUGGGAAGCAUUUCCAGGCAUCUCCAUGGUUUAAGUGGAUCCUUGACCCACUUGGAGAGCCCACAGUCGGGUGAGUGAGCCCUGGGCAGAGCUGGGUAAUUCAUCCUUAGGAAACUCUAGCCAAUUGUGCCUUUGAGAUUUAGGUCUCAGGAAUCUUGCCAUGUCAGCCUAUCCACAGCCAACUGCCUGCACUCUGGGGAUAGUACAAAAUGAAGCACAUUUCUAAAACAAGUCAGAAAAUUAGUAGACCCCUAUGAGACAGGUGCCAUCUUGCUACAAAAUAAUCAUGAUAGACAUAAUGGUAAUUAUCAUAAUAAUAUCAUUUCCUGGAAUCUAGAGAGUAGGUUUUACCAUGAGUGUGGUGAACAGCCUGGGUGGUUGGCAUUGGAGAAAAAGCAGCAGGUUUAAAAAAUUCAGGAUUGCUUCAUCCACAGCCAUCAAGAUGUGCAGAGGGGCACUGGUGUUUUCUAAAUCAUAGAAUCUAAUGUUUGGAGUUUGCUAAUUCAUAUGUUAUUUUUAGUGAGAUAGACAAUCUGAUCAUGACUCACGAAACAAGAAAUUAUCAUCAAUGUAUUUGUUCUACCAAUAAAGACACCUCAUGUAAUGGUAAUACACUAAGUCACUGUCAAACUUUCCCA